AUGAUUGGACCUCCUGAUACUAGGAGAAGGGACAAGCGGUGUGAAUACCACAAGGAUCAUGGUCAUGACACCGACAGUUGUUAUGCACUGAAGGACCACCUGGAGAAACUAGUACAAGACGGUCGACUGGCGCAAUACAUCCGAAAGAAUAAUCCAUCGAACACGGUAGCACUACAACCAGAUUCACCUCCACUUAGUAUAAUUCACAUGAUAUACAGCCUGCCGUCGUCAGCCGAGAUACAAACAAUUCAAUUACAACCUAGCCUCCAUAGGCCGAUCACACCAGCAAAAUGGCCCCAUGAAACAGGGAGGAUCAAUUUCGACGACACCAACUUAGUUGGAGUAACUCUCCCACACGCCGAUCCCCUCGUCAUUGAGCUACGUGUCAACAGAUUCACCAUUGAACGUGCUCUCAUUGAUCAGGGAAGCACUUCAGAAAUAAUGUAUUACAAGACGUUCGUUAAACUCAGCUUCACGGACUCAGAUUUAUUGCUGGUCGAUUACCCAUUAUUCGGCUUCAACACUAACACUGAGUAUCCAUCGGACAAGAUCACAUUACUAGUUCGGGAAGGCACCAGAUCAAUAGAUGUAGAAUUUCUAGUCGUCAAACUUCCGUCACCAUACAAUCUCAUCAUGGGAAGAACUUAG